AUGGCCGAGACCAAGGAUCACGUCCACCACAUUCAGUCUCAAUCUCAAUCUCAAUCUCAAUCUCAAUCUCAAUCCCAACUUUCACCGUCCAGUCCAUCCUUUUCUCAAGAUCCUCGCAAACCAUCAUGGAGCGGCUCGAUCGAUGACACUCCCAAUCAUGCUUCGCCUCUACUAACGCACGACCGCAAGAGGUCCGCCGACCACUUUCCCCCAGAACCCCAUGUUUCGCGGAAAGGUCGAGCGUGUCUGGCAUGCCGCAAGUUGAAGGUCAAAUGUGACAGUCUUGAGCGUGGCGACACGGGAUGUUCGCGCUGCCAACGCCUGGGUCUGGAUUGCAUCACUUCCAAACGGUUGAGGGUCAGUCUGGACGACGAUGGAGAGAAUGCUCAUCCCUCCAUCGUCCGGCUGGACCGGGCUGUCGAGGAUAUUCUCGCCAGGCUGAAGAUGCCGCCGUUGGAGUCGUAUCUACGAAUCCACCCAUCUCAACAAUCCAUCCAAGUACCUCACCUUGAUCAUGACCAUGUGGACGCCGAUCGGCAGCCUUCUAAUUCUAACAACCCUGUGGACUCCAACCCGCGACAUCCACAAUCUACCAUGUUGGACACCAGUACACAACAUUCUCAGUCGAAUCCCAUGGAAUCCAAUGCACAGACUACGCGGGAGAACUCUCGUGAACCCAAUCCCGAGGACGCACAGGAGAUGGCGCCCGCUCCGAUGGGUAGUCUCUAUGAAGUGACCCAGCUCAACACGCUGCGAAGUCGGUUGAAAUACGGGGAUCCCGCCCGUCGCAAUUCGCGCAAGAACAUGGAAAAAGAUCUAGUUUCUACAGGCAUUGUCACCAUCGAAGAAGCAGAGGAUAUGUUCAACCUGUUCAAAACCAGUUUGUCGCGGUAUCUAUAUGCCGCCACCAUCCACGAAUCCCGCUCCCUACUCUCCGUCCGCGAAUCCUCCACUCUAUUCUUCACCGCCAUCAUCACCGUGACAUCUCUGCACAUCCCUGGUAAAGAGAAAAUCCACGCCGCCGCCCAUAAACACCUCCGCGACCUCAUCGCCACAUCCUUCUUCGACCGCUUUCACACUCUGGAAGACAUCCGCGCCCUCUGCAUAGCUGCAUUCUGGCUCCCGGAUCUAAGCUGGAAACUUUCUGGUCAUUGCGUCCGCAUGGCCACCGAGCUCAACUUACACCAGGCCUUCUACAAGGCACUCUACUCGCAGAAGCAAUCCCAAAUUGACCGAGGCCAUGCCUUUGAGCGCGCACGGCUGUGGUAUCUGCUGUACGUGCUCGACCAUCAUUUCAGUAUAGCUUAUGGUCGACCGCCCGCCACCACAGAACUUCAAGCCAUCAAGGAGUAUGAUGUGUUCCUCGAAGCUCCUGAGUGUUCGCCAUCGGACCGCCGCGUAUUGUCGCAGGUCGCUCUGUUCAUCAUCCUCAGCAGGGCGUAUAACCAUUUCGGGUUGGAGUCUGAGAAACUGAUGGAUGGCGAUGAUGAUACUCUACGCACCCAUCAGCGUUUCAUCGAGGAUUUGGACCGCUGGAGGUAUCAGUUUCGACAUGCGCUGAACCGGGAUGCUCAUGUCGGUGAUUAUCCUGCUGUUGGUGUCGAACUCCACUACCACUUCGCCUCAAUGAUGCUCAACUCCCUCGCUCUCCGCGGCCGUUCCUUAGUCACCAUCUCCUCGACAUCGACGCUGCCGAAUUCCUUGCAACCAUUGGCAUCCCACGCCAUAACUUCAGCACACCAGAUCCUCAUCAUCGUUCUCGAAGAACCCUCGAUUCGUGAUUCCAUGGUCGGCAUCCCCUUGUACUUACAUACAGUGAUUGCCUUCGCCGUAGUAUUCCUGAUCAAAAUGUCCUCCCGAUGGCGGGGCAUCGGAGUCAACAUCGACCCGGAGGUCAAAACGAAGCCGUUGAUCGAGGCUGUCAUUGAUCUUUUCCGCAGCUGUCGUGCUGGGAAGGGUCAUAUCUUGUAUGCCAUGGCGGAUGGGUUUGAAAGACUUUUGACAAGGAAUCUCGGAGCCAACAAUGGCGAGAAAAGUUGGAUCGGGAUUGCGCAUGAUCGCCCAAACACCCCAAAUGGCGCUUACAUGGGCGGGAUGGACCAACAAUUACAGCAACAGGAAGGAAAAAGUGCAGCAACAACUGGUGUCGAAUUAUCGUCGUCGUACCCACAUCAGCUGAAUCAACCUCAACGUUCGUUGUCACACCUUGCGCCGCAACAGCAGCCUCGAGCGCAUCAACAUGUCACGGACCUUUAUGCCAUUUCUGGUCCUGGGCAUCACGGAAAUGGUACGACAGCAUCGCCGCGCACAUACAACACCCAACCGCCACAGAUUCCAGCCCAGACGCAUCCGAACGGUCCGACAGAUGGAGGUCGAGUCGCUAGUAUGGGCGGAGAAGCCGCAAAUACGAAUCCGACUUCCACAGCAUAUGAUCCCUACAGCGGAGUUUCGGUGUCGCCGCACACGCAAGCACAGCCUGCACAGCCAGAUAUGGGACAUGGUGCUGGUCCUGGCUCAUCGACAGGGUCAUACGGUGGCUGGCAAACGGAAGACGAUAUGCUCUGGAGUAUGGGUAUGGGCUAUGACCUGCUCGCCAUGGCGCCCGACGUGAACGCUCAUGGAUUGAGUGGUCUUUUUGGCUGGCCGGGGUCGGGGUCGGGAGAUACUGUUGGAGGAGGAGUGGGUUAUGCUGAUAUAUGA